GAGACAGAGCUGGGAGGAAUAGGACGGGUCAGGGACUCUCCAGUUCACCACCUUGACCACACACACACACACACACACACACACACUCACAAAAGAUCGAGCUCAGCCUGAAAUGCACAGACUGAAUCCUGAGUGUUGGGUUUGGUCGCCUGGACCUCCUCCUCUGUGUCGCCCUCCUCAACACUCAGGGAGCCUCGCUUCAGGCAUGCUGAGCCACCAAGAAGAGGAGGAGGAGGAGGAGGAAGAGGAGGCAGGAGAGCAUCAUGCUGUUUUCUGCUACACUACAAGUGACAUCAUCGGUCAGGCUGCUGAUGCUCAGUGGUCAAUCUCUGAUCCCCCCGUUCAGUCAGGGAUCCCCUGCAGCUCUGGCCUGGCUGCACGAGGCCCCGCUGCUCCUGCCUCAGGGCCACCAGUGAUUGAUUGUGACCCGGGAGACUUAUCCCAGCAUGUGAUUGGUGGUUGCUGCUGGGAGGGUCCGGGCAUGGAGACCCAAGGAUGUGUAUGUGUCUAUGGGCAGAGGGAACCAGAAGGUCUGGGCCCCUGCUGGCCUGGAUCUUCAUACGUUUACUACGGAUUGAGGACGAACCUGGUGGUUGGCGUGGAGGUGGUGGAGGAGGUUGCUGUUGAAGACACUGUAGAAGUAAUAACAGAGGACAUAUAUACAGAUGAUCUGCUGCAUCCUGGGCUGCUGCAAGACAACCAUUUGUAUCCCACAUGAACCCAUGUUCAGUGUGUCCAGUUAAGACUUUAUACACUAUAAACAAAGAUAUUGUUCACAUUACUGUCAGAUUUGCUUGUAUUUUAUAUAUUUAUCCUAUUUACCUUUAUCCUAUUGCCAUGUGUCUUUCAUAUGCUCCUUUUUGUAAAUAAAAACCCAGUCAAAUGUGAUUUAGAAAACAAA